AGAUAUCCGAUCGCCAGUGUCACCCGUUUCCCCGAUCUCCCGCGCUGGUUCAGACAGCCACUCAGAAAACACGCCGGUGUCCCCAAUCUCGCCCCAGACACCACACCCGCCAGCGCCACCACCAGCAUAUCAUGAAGCCGCUUAUCACGAACCAAUCUACCCACCCUCUAUGAUCCAGGAGGAGCCAGAGGAAAAUCUUGAUGAAACAGCACUCUUGCGCUUCAUAGAUCAUCUUAACGCCAUGCGACGUCAAAUUGAGGCACACUUGACCAUGCUCUACAACUCAAAGGACCAGCUCUAUCAACUCCAAAAGGAAAAGAAAGCUGCGGCCGAAGCUCGUAUGGGUGCAGCCAUGCCAGGUAGCGCACGCGAUAGUGGGAAAUACUUCUUCAGCAGUCCAGCACCUUCACGGGACCGAAGUCCAGAAGCCCAACCAGUGCCUCAGUCGAGAAGCUACUGGUCAUUUGUGCCAGAAGACGUUAGAGUAGACGAGAGGAGGAAGCGAAUUGAGGAGGGUCGGCAGCGGAAGUGGACGAAGAAGCGCUUCGACCCUACACGGUACCAGGAACUGUGCGUCAAGGCAUUGGCCGAGCUGUAGAAGUAACAGAGAAGUAUACAGUAAUGUAUAAUGAGUCAUAGAGCGGAGGAGAAGUAUCAGGAUCCACUUCACCAGAGAUACCCCCGGGCAUACUUGGGAUAGCAGUAGUGUGGGAACGCAUCAUAAUCUUGUAUAUUGUAUCAACAAUCACACUGU